GUUUUAUUUCUCAAAAUGCCCGCAGUCAUUCCCCCGACACGAAAGCUACGCGCCUAUCAAUAGUCUCUCUUCAGCACCACCCUUCAUCCCAACCUGCCCCGCUCGUCUCAAAGGAUACAGGGGAGUGACGCAGGAGGAUAGAAGGAAAAACUGCGCCGAACCUCGAAAGAAGGAUUGGGUAGGGGGUGCUGCAAUAAGACAAAUUAUGUACACCCAAUUGUAAGUCACGGAUCCUCCGUUCCCUAGAACUGAGACCGAAGCACGUCCUGUCUGGUCAGAGGACGUGGAAGCCAGACUCACCUGUUAUCUAUUUUACGCAACCACCCACGAAUCGUUUGAUGGAUGCGAAUCGAAUUUGGAUAAUUAUUUGAGGUAGGCGAAGGUUAGAUAUUCGUGUUGACUUUUCUCACCGUGACCAGUAGACAUAUCCUUCCUCGAGUCAAUUGAACAGGUCUAAACCUUGAAGCAGGUACAGGCCACUCCAUCGGUAGGAUUAGAAAAUAAACGAAUUCAAUUGAUACCAUUUUGACAACCAGUUUUUUCUUCUGCGACCCCGGAUUGAUUAAUUUACAACUGAUCCUUCUAUUCAAAUGGAAAAAUAGGUUUGGUUAUAGGCUAUUGGUAGGUUAAUUCAUCCAUUGUUAAUUUGCAUCAGAGGGGAGGAUUCGCCAUAUACCUUUUCGUAUACUUUUUUGAUCUUCAACAUGAAUUACCUGCGUCGUCGGCUGUCGGACAGCAAUUUUAUGUCCAAUUUGCCCAAUGGGUACAUGACUGACCUACAACGCCCUGACCCGCCUCAGCAAGACCCUGCAAUAGUGUCGCCUGGACCACCAGAGAGGCGUAUGUCUACCAACCAGCAUUCUGAGGGCUCUGGAAGCGGAGCCGGAGCUGGUUUUUUAUCCUCAUUUACUAAAGCUGUCAAACAAACCACUGCCGCUGUCGCUGAGAAAGUCACCGAGGUAGCAGGCGUUGCCUCUGGUGCCAAGAUACUCCUGGUUAUUGAUGACCAACAGACAGACUGGGUAAAGGUCUUCAAAGGUAAAAAGGUUCAUGGUGAAUUCGACAUUAAGGUGGAACAGGCUGACUUCUCUGAAAUCAACUUGAUAGCUCAUGCUACGGGGGCCUAUAGUGUUGAUAUAGAAGCCAUCCGGAAUGAAACCAAGGUCACCAAAUGUUUCAGGCCUGACUUUGUGCUGGUUAGACAGCAUGCCUUCAGUAUGGCCAAGAAUGGAGACCACCGACACAUAGUGAUUGGGUUGCAGUAUGCUGGUCUCCCAGGUGUAAACUCUCUGCACUCUGUCUACAACUUCUGUGACAAGCCAUGGGUGUUUGCUAAUAUGGUGAGAUUGUACAAACAACUGGGACCAGAGGAAUUCCCACUGAUCGAGCAGGUUUACUAUCCCAACCACAGGGAAAUGAUCACCACUCCUGGUUUCCCUGUGGUGGUGAAAAUGGGCCACGCCCACUCAGGGAUGGGGAAGGUGAAAGUGGACAAUCAAUAUGACUUCCAAGAUAUUGCCAGUGUUGUUGCCCUGACCAAGACCUAUGCCACAUCUGAACCUUUCAUCGAUGCAAAGUACGAUGUCCGCAUCCAGAAGAUCGGAGACAAUUACAAGGCCUACAUGCGGACAUCGAUUUCAGGGAACUGGAAAACCAACACUGGUUCAGCCAUGCUGGAGCAGAUAGCCAUGUCAGACAGGUAUCGAAUGUGGGUGGACUCCUGCUCUGAGGUGUUUGGUGGUUUGGAUAUGUGUGCUGUGGAGGCUCUGCAUGGGAAAGAUGGCAAGGAUUACAUCAUAGAGGUGGUGGGCUGCUCCAUGCCCCUGAUUGGAGACCAGCAGGAUGAAGACCGUGCACAAAUUGCAGAAUUGGUCGUUUCCAAAAUGAACCAGACAGUCCCACACAUUGCAAGUCCCUCUCCUGUCCGCCCCACAGCUGCACAGCCCGCACAGAAAGCUGCAUCCCCUCAGCCCAUCUCACAACCCAAAGUGCCACAGGCUCAGCAACGCCCUCCUCCCCAAGGUGGCCCACAACAAGCCCCCACCAGCACUACCGCCCCUCGCCAAGGCUCCCCCUCCCAGCAGCGCCCCUCACCCCAAGGCCAGCCCCCUGCCCAAAGCUCCAACACCCAGAACCCCUCUGCCCAGGCACCACAGCAGGCCAGACAGGCCAACCCAGGAGCUGGGGCCCAGCAGCGUCCCCCAGGGCAGGGGCAGAAACACUCCUCUGGUCAGGGCUCCCCCCAGAGAUCCAUGAGCCAGGGGGGCUCCCCCCAGAGCCAGAGGCCACAGCAGUCAGGUCCCCAGCAGCAGCAGCAGAGACCCCCCCCUGGAGGCCCGGGCCAGAAGCCCACAGGGGGCCAGCCCCAGCAGAGGCCCCAGCAGAAGCCAGGCCAGCCCGCCAGGCAACAGUCCCAGGGAGGCAGUCCCCAGGUCCCACAGCAGCAGAGGGCUCCAGCCCAGCAAGGUCGCCCCGGGGCCCCUACCACUCAGCAGCCCCGCCCUAGUGCCCAGGGCCAGGGAGGCCCCGGAGGGAAACCCCCUCUGCAGCAGAAACCCCAGCCCCCACUGAAGCCCAGCCAUGACCACCCUGCUAUGGGAGCCACCCCUCCACUGAACAAGUCCCAGUCUCUUACCAAUGCCUUCAACAUUCCAGAAACACCAGCCCCGCAGGCCAGCCUUAGCCAGGAUGAGGUGAAGGCUGAGACCAUACGCAACCUACGCAAAUCUUUUGCCAGUCUCUUUUCAGACUGAGAGAUGGAGUAAGCCCCCCUCCCACACCGACAGAAAGACAGACAGACUGAAAGACAGACCCUUCCCCGCCAAUGCGCAAAGGACCAACAGGACUUCACCUCCCUAUUAUGGACAUUGAUGUACAUUGAUGUGAACAUUCAUUAUAAAACAUCCACUGCCUAUACAUUUCAAGACCACACAUAGAAUAUAAUACAGCUAGGUUUGUUGGUGUCAGUCUGAAACAUUCCCAGUCACCUUCACAUUCAAAAUGAUUUACACACACACACACACACACACACACACACUUCUCUUGUUGUUGCACGUGUGUUUAAAUUUCUGAAAAAAGGUGAAGAUUCUUGUCCCUUUAUAGAUUGUGUUGUUAUAUAAUGGGACAUUACAUUUCAGUAGGUGGCCUGUGUUACUACAGUGGCUGUUUGUAUGGUAUGUAUUGAAAGAUAUCUGCUUGGUCAUCCUUUGAUCAUUUUGAAUGUUUUUUAUGCUAAUAGUGGGAUCAAUACACUGGUAAUCUUCAUGAAAGUGUUGCCAGUUUUCUGUUGUUACUGUAAAAUCAUAGUGACACAUUUGACCAACUUUUGGUUGGCUCUCAAAUAAACCAUCACUAAACCAUCACAGUAGGUCACUUCAUUGUUACAGUAAAGCAACACUAUAGCUGUUUGAGCUACCCAUUUAUUCUAAGUGAUGUUGCUUUAGAUGCAUGUCAAUAAAGGAGGUAUGGUUGCAGUUUCAACCACUCACUUUGGCGCUUGUAACCGUGUUGUCACAUGUAAUUAGCUAGAGUAGUUAGCAUUGCAAAAGUAUGUGUUGUUUUUGUGAGAAUGCCGUUGCUGCCUCCCUCUCCCUUAUCCUUUUACAUUAGGACAAAACCCCAAUAGCACUCAUCUUGGAAAACAUGCCUUACACAGACACAGAGUUCAGUCAGAUCAAAUGGUAUUGUCUCAGGGAUGUCCUGGUGAUUGUGACACACGCGUGUCAGGAGUCAGGUCUUCCAUACGUUGCACUGUAAUUAGGAUAAUGAUCUACUGCAAAUGAUAGCAAAAGCAUAUGUUUUUAUUGAGGUAGAAUGUAUUUGUUAUUUGAAAUGUAUUUGCACAUGAAGUAUAACAAAAUUAUACUUGAAUACAUGAACCAAGAGAUGUUUUUUUUAUUUUAAUGUCAGUUUGUCAGAUUGCAGAGACACAGCCAUCUUAGUGCUCUAUUUUACCAGCCCACAAGGGCCUGGAAUGCUGCUGUCUCUGUGAGUGGAGAGUGUAUGGGUGCCUGUGCUGUCUGUCCCCUGUUUCCCAACAGGGUCACAGCUUAUGAGCAGGAGGCCUAGUCCAAUGAAAUGCUCAGCCAAGGAAUGUCCCAUGGAUCAUGUAGGCAGUGUAAAAUAAAUGCACUGGGAUUCCCCCUGUGGGAUAUACCACUGCAUUAAACUUCUGUUUGAUUUUCUACUCAUAACACUUUCUCCCCAAAAUAUCAAUCAAUGACCCCUUUGAUAAUUGGUCAGAAAAAGAGCCCAUUGCUGAGACCUCUUUCAAGGGCACUAAACAUGUCUUCCAAAAAGAGUGUGUUCCAUGUCAACAUGGCAUAUGUUGUUUUGGAGCCAAUUCGGAAAGUCCCAAUCUCCUUGCAGAACCCCUGUGCAUCGGCCCCUUUGUGUAUCCACAGUGACCCCUUGUGAUAAGUGGUGCAUAAACGUAUUCAUGUUGUUCUGUAAAACUGUCAAACCAAAUAGAAUUGUCGUACAGAUGGUGACAUACAAAAUAUGCAGAUUCGUCACGCCCCCCCCCCCCGCGCUGCUGGCUGUGCUUGUUAAUAUUUUGUGUGUUUUCAAUGAAUACUUGUGGAUGUUGGUUGAUUUUUGGCAUUUCUGUCAUUCAUUUUUGGGGAUUAAGCCCUUUUUUAGUACUGGCAUUUAUGGUCAUGGAUUAUUUCUACUUUUUGAAGAAGCUUUUUUAACUUCAGUUUCUCUUCUAUUCAGGAUUACAUGUCUUUGUUUUUUGAACGUCUAUUAAACUUCUUAUAAUAGGACUCAAUGUAAAUCAUAACUCAGCAAACAGAAUUGUCAUGGUAUACCAUUUUGUGUGGAUCACAGAAACCUCAAAUGAUACCUCCUACAAAUCUGUGAAAUUGACUUGUCUAGAUGAAGGUGUGAUUGGCAUGAAUUGUUACUGUUUUACUCUGCUCUCUGCCUCUGCUUGUAACAGAGUGGUAUGCUUUCCCUCCUAUAACUCAUAGCUAUGUUUGGAGUUAUAAUCCUCCUGUGGAUUAUACAUUGGGGGGAUAAUUACAACAAUCUUGAUGAAUCCUAUUUGUUGAUAUUCAUAGACGUGUUUGUUGACGUGGUACAUGUUUCUUUUAAAUGUUUACAUUCUUUUUAAUGGAUAUAUUUGAAUGUAUGUUUACAAUUGGUAGGCUAUGCCUUUUUCCUUUGGUAAAGUGGUUUUCCUGUUUCUAAAUGCAGAUGUUUUGUUUUAGAAAGGUUUUAUCUGUUAUCUGCACUAUGAAUUUCUGUGAAAUUGAUUGUCAAUAUUGAUGCCUGCCAGAUGUAUAAAAUAAGAAAUCUAUAUAUGUAUCUAAAAUAAACAACAAUCAAGAGGAAAUAUUAAAUAUAUUGUAAAUCAUGGUGGAGUGUUAAAAUACAUGUAGAAACGUAUAGUUGAUGUUAUUUGCAAUGUAGCUGAAUAAUUAUGUGAAAAUUACUAUGCUAUCAACAUGUGCACAUAUUCAAUAAAGUUCAAGACCAAUAGUAA